GGAGGGGGGUGGGGGGGGAGAUGCUUCGCGCGGGUCCGGUGAGAGAGAAAAGGGCGCGCGCUCCGUGAUUAGGAUUUAGACGAGUGGAUCAUUAACUCGUAAAUUACGUAAGUGCUGUUUCGAGCGCCUGUGUCUGCCGCGCGAGGGGCUAAAAUUAGAAACAGCGCCGGAGCCGGCGGAGGACACGGUAGUGUUUAUUCAGCAGGAGUUGUUUUGGUUUUUUUUUUUCCUUCUUCUUCUUUUUUUUCUUCUUCUCGGUUUUGUUACAUUUUCCCGUCAGCGCACGUUGGAUUUCGGUCGACCGGCGCGAAAGCGAUCGUGGAGCCGCGGACGACGCCGACCCCGUUCGAGACAGACCGAAGGCAGAGAGAGAGAGAUGACCCUUGUUUUGUCCAUGAAUCCUUUCCUGGACCCAGAAGGAGACCCGCCGCUCUCCGCAUAUCGGCCCGUAUGGGAAUCGGAGCGCUGCAGCAAGACCUGCCUGUCAAACCCUGGCCCGCCGUGCAGCUCUGACGGGCCAUGUACACAAGAAGCCCCCUGCCGGCGAGUCCCUGAUCACGUUUCAGUGUCCAGGAUUGCAUACUUCAAGAGGAAGUUUGUUGACGAUGAUGAGGAGCCUUCCUUCAGUUUCAGGACAUACUGCCAAACUGUUGCACCGGUUCUGGAGGAGCGUGCCCACGUGCUGCGUCUCUCCUUAGAGAAGAUGAGAUUCAUUGACGACCCCGAGGCCUUCCUCCGACGCUCCGUUCUCGUUAACAACCUCCUCCGGCGCCUGCGAGCUGAAAUCCUGCUCCAGAGCACCGACUGGUGCUUCCCACCGAACCCAGCGUUCGCCGCUGGGCCCUGCGUCCUCCCACCCGGCACCAACCCCGCUCACCAGGCACUCCAGGGGGCAGUACCCGCCCGUAUUUGCAUAGCACCCCAAGUCGGACCGCCUUUCCGUAAGCGUUUCCGAGUGGUCCGCGGUGGAAACGGGGAUCUUCGCCCUGACUGUGCCCAGACAUGCUGCUGCAUCUACGCAGCGGCGGCCACUGCAGGACACUACCUCCACCUCCCAUUCUCCAUGUAUGACGCAGCACUGUCCACCUGCCCGUCCACACCACACUCCUCCUCGUUGUUUCAGCUUGCUAGCCAUAGUAAGUUAGGGCUGACGGUUGCUGUGGAAGAGCGCGACGACGAUGAUGAUGAUGACGAUGUCGAAGAGGAGGAGGAAAAUGAAGAAGAAGAGAGAGACGAGGAGGAGGAGGAGGAGGAGGAAGAAGAAGACGAUGAAAGAAGACAAGCAGGGCCCUCUGUUGAUGUGGUAAAAGACAAGUCAAGUCAGAAAAGGACUAGGACCCCGUUGGGUCGUGCACACACAAGGACAGAGGAGGACACCUGCAUGACGGAUAGGGUAGAAGAUGAGGAGGAGAAAGGGCAGGAGGAUGAAGACGACGAAGAAGAGGAAGAGGAAGAGGGGCAGGUCGUGAGACCUUGUCAGUGGGUCUCAGAAAGAGAGCUUCACAAGGUCAACUUCUGGCAGCGCAGGGCUCACAGACAAUGACUGGACUUCCUGAGAAAAAUCACUUACAUUCUACAUUUGUUAUCAUGAAGAUGUAACGAUGACGACAACUGUCCUUAGUUGAGGAUUAUUCAAAUGAAGGUGUGUUAACCUACACUAUUGUAAUGCCAAGUCAACGUCAUUUUAAUGGUCUCAUACACACACGCCAACUCAAUUCAGCUCUUUUGUUAGUGUCACGGUCCGAUGAAAAAUAGGAAAUUCACGGCCUAUCUUGGCACUGGAAACAUUUUGUCAAGCAAUUGCGAAGGCUGAGGUGACGUACGGUGGGAUCUGACAUCCCAGAGGGGAAGUCGAGCUUGCUAUUGCACUGUCUACAAGACCUUUUUUUUCAAGCCCCACAGCACAACACUAAAGGUCCCAAAUGGGGCUUUAAACUGGUGCAACGGUCUCGUUUCAGGACCCUAAACAAGCCUACGAAAUGAAGGGAUGCAGGUGUGGAUAGUGUGUGUGUGCGCGUGUGUGUGUGUGUGUGUGUGUGUGCGUGCGUGCUUCUGUAUGUGUGUGUUUGCAAGAUAUGAUGUAGCAUUUUAAAACUUGAUUUUAAGCUGUUCCUUUUUAUUGUUAAACACGGGUUACACAGUAAGUAUGUGUGCCAGUUGAUUUUGAUGCUGUCUCAGGCAAUGGCGAGUGACAGUGCUGCAGCUGUACUGGCACAAUGUGUGUUCUUCAAAUUAUUUUAAGAGACAACGAUCAUUAAUAUUGUUUGGAAAUGUUUAGAUCACAAUUUCAAAGUGCCUUAGUGUUUUUAUAGAUACAUGUGUAUUGUGCGUUAAUGUAAUUGUUCUUGUUACUAAGUAGCUAUGUUGCAUUCCAAAUGACUGCGUUUGACUGAAACUGGGGCAUGGAGUUAAAUGCAGGGAUUCUUUCAAAUGUUGUUCAAAAAGGUUGAAAAUUGAAAUCACACUAAAUGUCCACACCCAAAAGUCGUCAUUUCGUUUUUAGCACAUAGGGCCUGAUGCAUGUUUUUUCGAGCAUUGCCUGUCUAGACUCAUCUUCAUUUGUUUGCUUGCGGCAGAAAAAAACAAAACUUGUCAUAGUUUGGUUCAUCUGUCCAUCGACGAUUUCACUUGGGAAAGCAGGAUCUGAUACUCUGAUUUUAAAGGUGCUAUAAAUGAGUUUUGUCUCCCACCGUACAGAACUCAGAAAUGGCUAUUAAUGCAAAUUUGAGCAAAGUAGCCGGAGCAAAAAAAAAAACAUACAUAUAGCUCCAGUAAAUGUCAGCAUUCUAAUUUGGUACUGUAAAUACAAUGUCACCAAUGUCCGUUUUUGCUUUGUCAUCCUCCCAAUCAGUUCUUCUGGAGGUUCUCACCAAGCGGCCGAUCAGUGUCGAACUCUCAUUCGACAGCUGCAGAGGCGAGCCAUCUGUGCUCAUGCCGCUCAACGCAUUGUUUAAACUUUGUCCCUUAUCAAGUCGCUUGUGUAGAUCCAAUCAGCAUCACAUCACAAACAACGCCGUGGUCACACGGCUCCGAAAAAAAUGACCUGAUCUCAGCAGCUUAAAAAAAACAAAGAUCAUCAAGCAUUUUAAGAAAUAUACUUAUUUCCUUUCAUGCCAAUUCAGCUUGGUAGAGUGAAAUCAUUGGUUGUAGAAGCCUGUUUGGCUAUAAACCGGCUAUACUACACCGAUCACCUUCAUCUGUGCAUACUGCAUAUCAUUUUUGAAAUAAAAUAGGCCCACGAAAUACACCACACCUUGCAGGCGGAUACAUUUUCCACUCGAUUAACGGAAUACGAGCCGUUCUGUGGCGAUGGCACGGUCAGCGGUUUGCUGUUUGAUGGCGUGCCUCCUGUUUGGCGGGGGCCUCGCGCUGAUGACGGGCCAAAGUUGUUAAAAAAUGAAGAGACAUAUGAGUUGAUGGUUGAUUCCUUUUUUUGUGACACCUUAAGGCAAAAGCCAUUUUGAUGGUCUCAGUUGGUUUUGGCGAGGUUGAUUUUUUUUUUUCUGCCUUGUCCUGUUUUUUUUUGGUAUGUUUGUUUCCUGAUGUGGACAGUUUGCAUCCCCAGUGACAUCAGUGACACA